CCCGGAGCCUCGCCCACCGGCUAGCGCCUCCUCCCGGCCCGCCGGUCCCGCCCCGCUGCAGGCUGCUCGCAGGGCGCUUUGUGCUGCUCCGGGCGCUGGCAGCGGGUUCCAGAAAGCCUGAGAGACCGCCAUGGAAGAUAAGAAGCCCAAGCUCCACUAUCCCAACGGCAGAGGCCGGAUGGAAACCAUACGAUGGGUUUUGGCUGCCGCUGGAGUCGAGUUCGAGGAAGAAUUCUUGGAAACGAAAGAACAGCUGCAGAAGCUGCAGGACGGUAACCACCUGCUGUUCCAGCAAGUGCCCAUGGUUGAGAUUGACGGCAUGAAGUUGGUGCAGACCCGGAGCAUUCUCCACUACAUCGCGGACAAGCACAAUCUCUUCGGCAGGGACCUCCAGGAGAGAACCCUGAUUGACAUGUAUGUGGAGGGGACGCUGGAUCUGCUGGAGCUGAUUAUCAUGCACCCUUUCCUGAGACCAGAUGAUCAACAGAAGGAAGUGGUUAGCAUGGCCCAGAAGGCUAUUUUUCGGUACUUCCCUGUGUUUGAAAAGGUUCUGAGGGACCAUGGACAAAGGUUCCUCGUGGGCAAUCAGCUGAGCCUUGCAGAUGUGGUUUUACUCCAGACCAUUUUGGCUCUAGAGGAGAAAAUCCCCAAUAUCCUGGCUUCAUUUCCUCACCUCCAGGAGUACUCCGUGAAAGUAAGUAAUGUCCCCACAAUUAGGAAAUUCCUUGAACCUGGCAGCAAGAAGAAGCCACCUCCCGAUGAGAUCUACGUGAGAACCGUCUACAACAUCUUUAUGCCAUCGUAAAUCAACACCGAUGUUUGAGGAGUCCAUGCACCCACGGCUCCACAGAGAAGACACCUAGAAGCUCAAGCUUGGAGCCCCCUGGACCCCGCCCCUGCGUCUCUUCCCCUGGCUGGUUUCCGCCUGUAUCCUCUCCCUGUAAUAAAUCGUAGCCGUGAGUAUAACA